GAUUAGUGGCAGACGAUAUUUUGUACCGUUCAUACCAUCAUAGCAACCCGUUGGUGGUAACCGUUGUUUGGAUAGUGCGCUGGGCGAUGUACCAUGGCGUUUGCAGGCAAUAUUCAGACGGGCCGGAAAAACUGUGCUUCAACACAGUUUCCAUUCAAAUUUAGUGCAGAACAGGCGGCUGGGCUCGUGGAGGACAGUAAUGAGGAUGCAUUCUGUACGGAGUAUGAUAACAAUUUUGUGCCUUUCAACAAUUACACCAAACCAGUUCUGCGGCGGGAUCAGCUGAGAGAGGUGUACAAGGAAAAGUUGUCGCGAAUUUUGACGAAAAAUGCGAACGAACAACUGGAAACCAUCCACCGGCAGGAGGAGGAGCGGAAACAGCUGAGAAAACGGAAGAAUUAUUAUAUGGCAAAGGAAACUGGGCAGGAUCCGCAGUACAGUCUGCAGCGAACGGAUGAUGUGGUAACGUUCUGGAGCUACCGUGGCCGUCGGAAUGCUAAUCAUCGCCGCAAUAACGAUUUCACUAAACCGCAGGAGGAUAAAUUGGAUGUGCAGUUUGAAUAAAUUGCAGGCGCAUUGAUGUGCAUUUCA